CACCACGAACUGUGCUGUGUUGUCACCAGCUGUUGUCUGGAAGACGCAGAAAAAGUAGAUGUGUCUCGACCGAUUGUUCGCCCACGAGCAGACCGUAGCACCACGUUUGGAGCUGAAAGAUGGUACCGGAUGACUGAUCGAUAGCCUCGCCGGGUCUCUCAGUGAUAGUAUUAAUUACAUAUCUGAAGGCAUCGAUAAGACAAAAACUGUGAUAACGGACUAAUACACGUCGGAGUUGAAGCCAUUUUUCUCUGCACAGACAGAUAGUCACGCCAGCUGGGUUCAAACUAAGAGCAUUUAGUGUCUGUACAGUAGGUACAGUGCCUUUCGAGUGGCACCACCGCCAUCAUGAAUGUGGGCACGGCGCACAGCGAGGUGAACCCCAACACCCGAGUGAUGAACAGCAGAGGAAUGUGGCUGUCUUACAUCCUGGGCAUCGGCCUCCUGCACGUCAUCCUGCUCAGCAUUCCCUUUGCCAGCGUACCCGUGGUCUGGACCCUCACCAACCUCAUUCACAAUCUGUGCAUGUACCUCCUACUUCACACGGUCAAAGGGACGCCUUUUGAGACCCCGGACCAGGGCAAGGCUCGCCUACUUACACACUGGGAGCAGAUGGACUACGGUGUGCAGUUCACUGCUUCACGCAAGUUCCUCACCAUCACACCUAUUGUCCUGUAUAUACUAACCAGCUUCUACACCAAAUACGAUCGGGUUCAUUUUGUGGUCAACACGGUUUCCUUGCUCACUGUACUCAUCCCCAAGCUUCCCCAGCUGCACGGUGUGAGGAUCUUUGGGAUUAAUAAGUACUGACAAGGCGGAAGAGGACACCUCCUUGCGAAAGUCCCCAUGGACUGCUGAGAGCAAAAGAGUAUCAGGCCUCUGAUUUGGCUGCAGAUCCGUUGCUCUCUCGCUCUCGACUCUGCUGAGCAGCACUCUAAAUGAAGCCUGCUGGGGAUACUGCCAUGGUACCAAACCCCAGGAAAGAGACACAAUACACUUUACAGAGAGCACAAAGGGAACGUGUACUUUAGUGACUGUUUGAGAUUGUAAGGUUUUCCAGAGACACUUAAAAAGUGUUAAAGUAGUGUAAAAAUGGAGUAUUAUGUCCGUUUAUGUAAAAAUGACCAUUUACUGAUGUGAUAGGUGUCGGGGAGAGGACAAUGUAGUUGCACAAAUAUCAUGUGCCAUCUUCCAUCCAUUGGCACACAGAGGCAGUAAUCAAAGUUAUUUUGUAUGUAAUGAUACACUGCUGUAUUUAUUCAGCUUCACUUCUGCAAGAAGCUUCCUCUUACUAGAGGUUUCUGGGCUGAGAGGAGAGCAACAAUACUUUAAUGAAAUGGUAAGGGACCUGAGAACUGCUGCAGAGGCGAGACACGUGAAACCACAAGGUUUUAUAUUUAGCCCUCGCUCUAUUGCUUAGAGCCAAGAUUGGAAAGUUAAGCAACUCUUAUUUUUAUCGGACCAGUUCCAUAUUUGGGCUCCUCUUGUCCUGCCUUGUCUCACAGAAAGCCUCCUGUCUGCAAAAUUGUCUGACCUGUGUGCCUGUGUGAAGGUAUGUGUAAGAGCACUCUACUGAUCCAACAUAGCCCUGCGAUAUGAGUAAAGAGAUGAAAUAUUUCUGUCCUUACUGUAUUCGUAGUUACACUACAUACUGGGGACAGAUGCUUGUCACAACUCUAUAAAAGUCAGGACCCGUUGCAUUAGUCGCAGUUUGGAAUCAAUGGAGGCAAAUUACUACCAUUACUACUUAUUAGGUACGCCUGUGCAAUCUAAUGUAAUCCAAAACAGUAGCCUUGCAGUAAAUUUCGAAAUACUCGAAGGUGUUUCUAACGUUGUGUUCACCCCAUUUACAUAAAUGAAAGGGGCUGAAUAUUUGAAACACAUAAACAACAAAAUAACAGAAACAUUAACCCAUGAAAUGGAAAGAAAACAACAACAACAAAAUAUGGAAAAAAAACAAAAACAAUUUAAAGCUGCAUUAAUUUAUUUAUUUUAACCAUUUGGGAGCACCAAACAAUCGUUAAACGUAACACUGACAUUAUGACCGUAUGAAGAUUUUAUACAAAUGUGUUAGCCAAAAUUGCUUGUUUACAUUUCCAGAAGACAAUGAGCGACAUUAGUAUUAGUAUUUUGUUUUAGGCCUGAUGAAUUUAAAUCUAAUAUUGACUCUCCUUUGAUGCUGUUUUGGUCUCCACCAUUUUUUAAUAAACAUAUCUGGCUCUUUAGCUGCUAAAGGCUUGACUUUUUUCACCAGCUAGCCACCUCUUUGUCUGCUGUUUGGUGCUGAGUGGGUUGUGUUUUCACAUCGCAUCUAUUGGUCCAUUCUUAAUUUAAAAAGUAUUGACUAUACUGCAGCUUUAAGAUGUAUUCUUCUUCCCAAACAAGACAAUUCUGGUUUACGGAAAUUUUAACGUCUGGUGAUUUAUAGAGUUGCUGCAUCCGCAAAAUGAAGUCUGAUCUAAAUCCAGAUCUUUAAAGAACAUCAAGUGCUCCCUAUUCACCCUGUCGAAAUCUGUUUUAGGAUCCAAGGAAAUGUAUACUGUAGCAGUUAUACUGUAGUGCUAAAGAGAGAUAUGUAACAAAGCUGCUUUGUAUUAGAGUAAGAAUGUCUGAUGUUUUUGUUUUAAAGUUUUACAUAUUGCUUGUCUAAUGCACGUGUAUGAUCUGUUUUUCAUUGCACUUGCCAGUGGAAGGUUGAAGUGUCCAUGAGCCAUUUCAGCAUGGUACUUCUCAUCUUAAAUUAGUUUGUUAAUGUGAAGUAAUGAGUAGAAAUAUUAAACUUUAGGGUGUGAAUCAAUACCUUAACAGUGAUUCAGUUUGAUUCAUCAACCUGGAGAUUUUUGUUCUCGAUUCAACUGUAGAAACCAGAAUUUGAUUAAGUAAUGAGCAGCCAAAGCGCUUAAGUCGUUAAAUAAACAUGUGGGAUCUCAAUUCUCCUUCAGCGUGAAAAAUAGAUAAUUGCAGAGUACAAGAUAAUAGUGGAAUAAUGUUUUAACCGUGAUGCAGUAAUAAGAGGCAAAAAGUAAUGUUUCUACUGUUUCAGUACAUUUUAUGAUACCAAACACUUUUCAGAAUGUUUCUAUUAAAUAGUGUUGUCAAACUGGAAGACAGACUUUUAUUAACAGAUUUGAAGAUUGAAUAUCUUCUCUCCGGAAAUGUGAUGAAAAAAUUAAACUUUCCCAUAUUUAAAAAAUAUUUAUAUGUUUACAAAUGUUAGCCCGCAAAGUAUUGGCCACACCUUUCACUCUGAGCAGUAGUGAUAGCAGUAGCAAUAGUAGCAUAAAUAUUAAUAAUAAUAUUACAAGUAGUGACAAUACCAAUUUCAUCUUUUACAGUAUGGUAGACGACGGACAGGUUUUCUAUGAUUUUAUUACUGCCAUUCAUGUGGUUUUAUAUGAAUUAGCUUAACCCAAUACAAUUAUAUUCAGUUGUUUCUUUUAGCGGAUUGAUGUGUUGAAUUGGCAUCAUUUAGAAUUAAUGCAAACCAAUGGAAAACGUGGAGCAAAGAACCAAAGAAUUGUGGUUUUGUAAUUACUAGUUGAUCUGCUGCAGCUUUCAUUUUUCUAUCAUUAUGUUUCUGAGAUAUUGUCACCAUAAAGGGCUUUCUUCAUGGACAUGCUAUGAUAUUUAAUAGCACACAGCGAUAAUGCAUAUUUCAUUUUGUUUUCUACUGGACCAUUUAGGACAUCAGAUUUUGAAAGAAGUUUGAAUUGAAUGUCGAUGUAAAUGUGAAACAGUGUGCUCAUGGCUUCUGUUUGUUGACAAGUGUACUUGCUUUUUGAAGGAAGUGUCAAUGUGAUCUUCUGUAAGAGUGCUUGACCCAAAAUACAGUAUUUUUCAAGUAUCAUCUCAAAA